AGUCACUGGAAUAAAAAUGGCGCCCUCUUGUUGACAGUAUUCUAAACACAAGCAGAUGUUGCUUGGGUAGCCAUUUUGCAUUCACGUUUUCGUCAAGUUCGUCGAAGCUUUUUACAAAAAAAGAAUCAUAUUGCUCUUCGAACAGCUAAUUAUUUAAAAAACAUGUCGCGAUAUCGCGAAUGGGAUUUGUCCUGUAAAGUGUACGUGGGAAAUUUAGGGAGCAAUGCCAACAAACACGAGAUUGAGAGUGCUUUCGGCAAAUUUGGUUCAUUGAGAAACGUAUGGGUUGCUAGGAAUCCACCUGGUUUUGCUUUCGUCGAAUUCGACGAUCCCAGAGAUGCCGAGGACGCGGUCAGAGGUUUAGAUGGAAUUCGUUGCUGUGGGUCAAGAGUACGAGUCGAAAUGUCGUCAGGUAGAAGCCGACGUGGAGGUGGUGGUGGUGGUGGAGGAGGAGGAGGAGGAGGUCGCAGACCAGCUGGAAAAUAUACUUCAAGGUCCGGAUCUCGUAGUCCUGUAAGAAGGGGUAAUGGCCGUUUCCAGAGAUCCGCCUCCAAGAGUCCACGAAGAUCACCUGUCAAUCGCUACUCCAGAUUCUACCAGCGUCAACUUGUAGCUUUACUCAUCUCCCCGACACUACUUCUACUGUCACCACCACCACCACAACUUGAGCCACCGUGAAAAAUAAAAUCCACUAUCAAAACUGAACAAAAAAAUAUCAGUUUGUCCGUCUGUCUGUCUCCCUGUCGAUAAAGACAUCUUCGAGCUACCUUCAACUUAUAGUGACACUAGGAGCAUCCGAACCAAAAAAAAAAUACUUCUUCGACUUGUCGAAAAAAAACAAAAUAUCGAUUCAUCCACCCCAAAAGCUCUACUGCUACUUCUUCUCGUCAAUCAUCACGUUUUAUUUAGCUGACAUACGACCGCUACUUCUCUUUGGCCGAGCACAGCAAUAUGAUCACCACCUACACACCAUCCCAACCCAACCACCACCACCACAUGUUCACAAGUGUCUGGUAUUUCGCCGAUUUUCCAAAAAAUUUUCUAUCAUUGACCGAUGAAACAGUCUCUCCAAGGAAUGGAAGAAAUUCUCUUUUUUAAAUUCUCUGCAUAAAAAGGUAAACAAAUAAAAAUUGAAAAAAGUAAAUAAUUUCUGAUAACUUGGAGAACUGUCACAAAAUUCACAUUCGGAUCAUUCCAUCAUAUUUCUCU